AUUCUUAAUGCUGUUUUUCUAACCACGUUCAUCUUCACAUUCCUCUAUCGUGACCUCCAUGGCUUCGUCUCCAGCCUCAGUGUCCAGAAUUUUACACAAAGAUUGCAGAGUUGUUAUUCAAUUUUACAGGCAAGGGCAUUCCUUAUCCUUAUUUGCGCGGAUGCCUCAAAAGCAUUACAGUGGGAAAAUAGUUUUGGGAAAUCGGUGGGCGACGGUUGGUGGAGAAGGACCUCGAUGUAUUGACAUUAGUUGCCUGAAACCAGUGUCUGCUACUACAGUUACCAAAAACCAAAAGUUUUUGUGUAAAGCUGAAGCAAAUAUAUCUGGGGAUUUUCCAAACCAUGCUUCUAAUGGAAUGAGCCGAUAUGAGAGGGUGGUUGAGCUGCUUACUACUUUCUUUCCAGUUUGGGUAAUUUUGGGAGCAAUUAUUGGUGUUUACAAGCCUGCUGCAGUUACUUGGUUGGAAACAGACCUUUUCACUGUUGGAUUGGGCUUCCUCAUGCUUUCACUGGGCCUAAAUUUGACUUUUGAGGAUUUCAGAAGAUGCAUGUGCAAUCCAUGGACUGUUGUUGUGGGAUUUCUAGCACAGUAUUUAGUCAAACCUCUCCUAGGCUUUGUCAUUGCGAUGACUCUCAAAUUGUCUGCCCCUCUUGCAACUGGUCUCAUAUUGGUAUCAUGCUGUCCUGGUGGCCAAGCCUCUAACGUUGCAACUUACAUAUCAAAAGGAAAUCUUGCACUUUCAGUUCUCAUGACAACAUGUUCAAACAUUGGUGCUAUUGUUAUGACACCACUUCUUACAAAGGUUCUUGCUGGUCAGCUUGUUCCUGUUGAUGCAGCGGUAAUAAUAGGUGGCUUUGUUUUCCUUAAUAUUUACUUUUAUAACCGAAUGAUGGCAUCUCAUAGGAGUUGUAUGCCAAUUUUUGUUUUAUUACCUGAAUGUGUAAAUUUCUUUCUUCAGGGUUUAGCUAUUAGUACUUUUCAGGUGGUUUUAGCGCCAACAAUUGUUGGAGUGUUGGUACACGAGUAUUUUCCAAAGUUUACCGAGCCCAUAAUUAAAAUCACACCUUUGAUUGGCGUCAUCCUUGCUACAUUGCUUUGUGCAAGCCCGAUUGCACAAUUCUCAGAAGUGCUGAAGUCCGAAGGCGCGCAGCUUAUAGUUCCUGUAGCUCUCCUACAUGCUGCUGCAUUUGUUCUUGGACAUUGGCUUUCUAGGUUAUCGACAUUUGGUGAAUGUACUUCUCGCACUAUUUCCAUAGAAUGUGGUAUGCAGAGCUCGGCGCUAGGAUUUCGACUAGCCCAGAAGCACUUCAGAAAUCCUUUAGUCGCUGCGCCUUCAGCCGUCAGUUUUGUGUGCAUGGCACUCGGUGGAAUUGCCCUUGCAGUUUUCUGGAGAAACUCACCUAUUUCAGUCAACGACAAGGAUGACUUCAAGGAAUGAAUCAGUAGCUGAAUUACAGACUUUGUUGUCUUACUUCCAGGGGAUUGCUGCUGUUUAAUGGAUGAAUAUGUUUAGUUCAGUUUAUCAGAAUUAAACUUAAAAGAGGUUUUUUAGAGGGUUACUUUUAGUUAAACAGGAGAAGAGCACCCUUUGGAGCUUAGUUAUAUAGAUUGGGCUGUUGUGAACUAUUUAUCAACUGAUGAUAUUUGUUGCAGUUGAUUCUGGAAUAAAGAUGGAUGAAGCGAUCUAAUGAUGGUUUCUGAAGCAUCAUUUUGGCAUAUUUUUUGGGUUUUUCUGAUGCUUGGUUUGUAUGAACAGAAGCAUUUGACAUAAUUGAUUCUUUUGGCUUA